AUGCGCUCACGCUGCCUUGCGGUGGUGCUGGCCGCCCUGGCCACCGCUCAAGACCUCGACUGGGACGCCAUAGAGGAUGCGCCGCGAAUACUCACACCCAGUAUUCCUGUCGUCAAUGCCGCCGUUCAUCAGUCAAGCACGGCCUUCCCAUCUCAGGCAGCUGCUGCUUUGGCGUCCCCAGCAGUGCCUACAACCCACGUGAAAAGGGUGAAGCUGUUCAAGGACAGUGAAUGCAUUUCAGUGCGUGCGGCAAACGACACCGUACAAAGCUGGCAGUCGAAUCCUGCGUUCUCGGCGGCGGCAAGGAACGCAUCUACGCCAUACGGCUACACGCUGGCUUUCCAAGAUAAUACCGCGUCCGCAUUGGGUGUAUAUGGCUAUAUGGGUUCCUUGGUGCUUGACACCUACGAUCCAUUAUUCUGUGCGGGUCGCUGCGAUGCGGUAGCCGGCUGCCAGUCGUUCAACAUCUACUUCGAACGGGACCCAGCCAUCCAGCCAGGAAAGAACUGCACCAACCCGCCCUCCGUGACGGUGAUAAAGUGCGUCUACUACGGCGGUCCUGUAACGCGAGAAUCAGCCGGCAACAUGGGUCAGUAUCAAGAAGACUUCCCGGUCGUCGUGGCCGGUUCGAAUGGCUAUGUCAACAACAGCAUAGCAGUUCCAUACGGUUACGCCGGGCCAAUGUCCCUCGGUAAGGCCGCCAUCAACGCUCCUUUAGACUAUCUGGGCCACGACACCUACAUGGGCGUCAGGAUCCUCACAAACGCUCCUUUUGAUGUGGGACUCUGUGCCGCAGCUUGCACGGUAACGACGGCAUAUGCUAUUGCGCACCCACCGGCGACCGGCGAGCCGCAGACGUGCCAGUUCUUCAACACGUAUGUACUUUACAACGGUUCGCAGGCGGUGGGACAGUAUUGCGCUCUGUACAAUGAGACUUGGACGGAGUAUUAUGCGACGAAUGUUGGUCAGUGGAGAGGGGAGGAUUACUUCUCGAUUUCGCAUAGCUAUGCUUAUUUGCUUUCUCCUGGUGGGCCGAGUACGAGACCUUCAGGGACGAGUUGCUCAAAUCUGUGA